AUGUUUCAUAAGUCGGAAUCGAGUGAAAAUUUUGUGUCCUCUUCGAGUUCAGCGAAUUUCAUGCAAUCUCCAGAGAGAAAUUUGAGAUUCUUCUAUCCGUCGUGCGGACAAAAUACGGAUAAGAUUAAUCUCUUGAAUUACUACAGUGUCUUCAACAGUUUCAAUUACAAUUUCGGCAAUUUAACCGAUCGCAAUUAUUUCUUAUCCGCAUUCAACGGAGCCGCAGUGGAUCCCGAAAGAAGUGCUCUGCCGAGUGAAGGUGUGGCAAACAGUGAGGAUAUCUUAAAGUUCAUCCCAAAUUCUGAGCCAAUGUUCAAUUAUGAGUUUGAUGUGCCUGAGAACAACUACCAAAGAUCGACAAAUAAUUUGUUCAGUGAAAUUACGCCAAAUGCCAAUGAAAGCAAUUCUUCACCACAAUACUGGACCACCGAAGACCACUUAUCUAACGAUGAGUGUGAAAUGAGAGAUCUAAUCCCUAAAGAUUCGAGCUUGCCAAAGGAAGAAUCAUCCCAAAUGGAGAUCAAAAAGGCCAAAGAAGCGAGCAGACCGCCAGUGAAUCGGAAGGAGCGGACAGCAUUCACAAAGUCGCAGGUCAGAGAACUGGAGGCGGAAUUCAACUACUCCAACUAUUUGACCAGAUUGAGGCGAUACGAGAUCGCCGUGGCUCUGGAUCUCACCGAAAGACAGGUGAAAGUGUGGUUUCAGAAUCGACGCAUGAAGUGGAAGAGGGUGAAGAAUGCCUCGAAAGAAGGCCCUUCAUCAUCGAGAAUUGCCGAGACGGAGGAUUCUGCCGAAUAA